AUGGCAAAUUUAAACAUAACCAACAUCUUGGAGAAGAUGAUAGGGAAAGAUAAAGACUACAGAUAUAUGGCAACAUCAGAUCUACUUAGUGAAUUGAAUAAAGAAAGCUUCAAAGCUGAUCAAGACCUUGAGCCAAAGUUAACAAUUACUGUUCUUCAACAACUCGAGGAUGCUUCGGGAGAUGUUUCUGGUUUAGCUGUUAAAUGCUUGGCUCCACUCAUCAAGAAGGUUGGUGAGGACAGGGUUGUGGAGAUGACCAAUAAACUUUGUGAUAAAUUGAUCAAUGGAAAGGACCAGCAUCGAGAUACAGCUAGUAUAGCCCUGAAGACAAUCAUUGCAGAAGUUACUACACCAUCACUUGCUGAAAAGAUUUUGCUUUCUCUUGCCCCACAACUCAUCAAGGGUGUCAAUACUGCAAAAGGUGCUGAAAUUAAAUGCGAAUGUCUUGAUAUAUUGGCGGAUGUGCUUCAUAGAUUUGGCAACUUGAUCACAAAAGAUCAUGAGUAUAUGCUCACUGCACUUCUAUCCCAAUUGGGUUCCAACCAAGCAAGCGUCAGAAAGAAGUCUAUUUCUUGCAUUGCAUCGCUUGCUCCAAGUUUAUCAGAUGAUUUGUUAGCGAAGGCAACUUUGCAAGUUGUCCAGUUGCUGAAAAAUAGAGGUGCAAAAUCUGAAAUUACCCGAACAAAUAUCCAGAUGAUUGGUUCUCUAAGUCGUUCUGUGGGGUACCGGUUUGGGCCACACCUUGCUGAAACUGUUCCUCUGCUUAUAAGCUAUUGUACAAAUGCAUCUGAAAAUGAUGAAGAGCUUCGUGAAUACAGCUUGCAGGCUCUUGAGAGCUUUAUGCUCAGGUGCCCAAGGGAUAUAUCCCCAUAUUGUGAGGGCAUUCUGAAUCUUGCUUUGGAAUAUGUGAACUAUGAUCCUAAUUUCACUGAUAGCAUGGAUGAGGAUACUGAUGAGGAAGGGCAGGAAGAGGAUGAUGACGAUGAGAGUGCAAAUGAGUACACAGAUGAUGAGGAUGCAAGCUGGAAAGUCCGUAGGGCAUCAGCAAAGUGCCUAUCUGCAAUUAUAGUGUCUCGUUCUGAAAUGUUGUCUAAGAUGUAUCUAGAGGCUUGUCCAAAGUUAAUUGAACGAUUUCGGGAAAGAGAGGAGAAUGUAAAGAUGGAUAUCUUCAACACCUUCAUUGAGCUCUUACGCCAAACUGGUAAUGUAACGAAAGGACAAGGCGACAUUGAUGAGUCCAGUCCUCGAUGGUUGCUGAAGCAAGAGGUGCCAAAAGUCGUCAAGUCUAUCAACAGGCAGUUACGUGAAAAAUCAAUCAAGACAAAGGUUGGGGCAUUUUCAGUACUGAAGGAGCUUGUGGUUGUAUUACCAGACUGUCUUGCUGAUCAUUUUAGAUCACUUGUUCCUGGGAUUGAGAAGGCUUUGAAUGACAAGUCUUCUACCUCCAACCUGAAGAUCGAAGCCCUUGUAUUUACAAGGCUUGUUAUGGCUUCACAUUCUCCAUCUGUGUUUCAUCCAUACAUCAAGGCACUUUCUGCCCCUAUACUAUCUGCUAUCGGAGAUAGAUAUUAUAAAGUCACUGCUGAGGCUUUGCGGGUGUGCGGAGAGCUAGUCCGUGUCCUUCGCCCAAAUCUCGAGACAAGCUCAGUCGAUUUCAGGCCAUACAUUGGUCCAAUCUAUAAAGCUAUACUGGGGCGUUUGGCUAAUCAAGAUCAGGAUCAGGAGGUAAAAGAAUGCGCCAUAUCUUGCAUGAGUCUGGUGGUCUCUACUUUUGGUGACGGUCUUCAAAGAGAAUUACCAGCAUGCCUUCCCAUACUCGUCGAUAGGAUGGGUAAUGAAAUUACAAGACUUACAGCUGUCAAGGCAUUUUCAGUUAUUGCGAAUUCACCUCUUCGUAUUGAUCUCUCGUGUGUCCUGGAUCAUGUUGUUUCUGAGCUCACAGCUUUCCUUCGUAAGGCCAACAGAGCUCUUAGGCAGGCAACAUUGGGAACUCUAAAUUCUUUGGUUAUCACAUAUGGUGGUCAGAUUGGCUCUUCUUCAUAUGAGACGAUAAUCGCGGAACUUUCAACCCUCAUAAGUGACAUGGAUUUGCAUAUGACCGCUCUUGCAUUGGAACUUUGUUGCACAAUAAUGGUUGACAGAAAAUCCAUUAAAAAUGUUGGUUUAGCUGUGAGAAAUAAGGUUUUGCCUCAGGCCCUUGUUUUGAUCAGGAGUGCCCUCUUGCAAGGGCAGGCACUACAGGCUCUUCAGAGUUUUUUUGCGUCACUUGUUCAAUCUGCAAAUACUAGCUUUGAUGCUUUGUUGGAUUCCCUUAUUUCUGCUGCGAAGCCAUCACAGUCCGGUAGUCUUGCCAAGCAAGCACUGUCUUCUAUUGCUAAGUGUGUUGCUGUUCUAUGCUUAGCAGCUGGUGACCAGAAGUGUGCAUCUACAAUUGAAAUGCUUAAAGGCAUUUUGAAAGAUGACAGCACUACUAACUCUGCUAAACAACAUAUGGCCUUGUUAUGUCUGGGAGAAAUUGGGAGGAGGAAGGACCUCAGCAAUCAUGUUCAAAUUGAGAACAUUGUCAUUGAAUCAUUUCAAUCACCUUUUGAGGAGAUUAAGUCCGCAGCAUCCUAUGCACUUGGAAACAUUGCUGUUGGCAACCUCUCCAAGUAUUUACCAUUUAUUUUGGAUCAGAUUGACAAUCAACAGAAGAAGCAAUAUCUGUUGCUCCAUUCACUUAAAGAGGUAAUCGUGCGGCAAUCUGUUGAUCAUACUGGCCAGAGUGAGCUCCAGGAUUCAAACAUUGAGAAGAUAUUGGCAUUGCUCUUCAAUCACUGUGAAAGUGAGGAGGAGGGAGUUCGGAAUGUUGUUGCAGAGUGUUUAGGAAAAAUUGCUUUAAUUGAACCAAAAAAAUUAGUCCCUGCUUUGAAGGUACGCACGUCUAGCCCAGCAGCAAAUACGAGAGCUACAGUUGCCAUUGCUAUAAAAUAUUCAAUUGUUGAACGACCUGAGAAAAUAGAUGAAAUCAUGUACUCUGAGAUAUCUACUUUCCUGAUGUUGAUUAAAGACAGCGAUAGGCAUGUGAGAAGAGCAGCAGUUCUGGCUUUGAGCACAGCAGCGCACAACAAGCCAAAUUUGAUUAAAGGUCUUCUUCCAGAGUUAUUACCUCUUCUAUAUGACCAAACUGUUAUUAAGCAAGAGUUGAUUAGGACAGUUGAUCUUGGGCCUUUCAAGCAUGUUGUCGAUGAUGGUCUUGAACUCAGGAAAGCUGCCUUUGAAUGCGUAGACACUUUAUUGGACAGUUGUCUUGAUCAAGUGAAUCCAUCGUCCUUCAUUGUACCUUUCCUCUUGUCUGGCUUAGGUGAUCAUUAUGAUGUAAAAAUGCCUUGCCAUUUGAUUCUCUCAAAGCUAGCAGACAAGUGCCCUUCUGCCGUUCUUGCUGUUUUGGACUCCAUAGUUGAACCGAUUGAGAAAACUAUAAGUCACAAACCGAAGGGGGAUGCAGUGAAGCAGGAGGUCGAUCGGAAUGAAGACAUGAUUCGUAGCGCUCUUAGGGCCAUUUCUUCUUUAAGCCGCAUAAGUGGCAGCGACUACAGUAUACGGUUCAAGAAUCUGAUGAACAAGAUAACGACCACUCCUGCACUUGCUGAGAAGUACAACUCGGUGCGCAGUGAAUAA